AUGGUAGUAAAGAUUCUGAAAGCAUGGCUUAAAAAGAGGAGGGAGAUCGAUGGAGUUGCAUCUUGUUUAAGCUUUAAAAACUGGUGUCCAUGGAGAAUCACUCAAGCAUCAUCAUCAUCAUCAUCACCAUCCAUACAUGAAGAUGAUGAACAUGACUCCAUUCCAAGGGACGUCCCAAAGGGUCAUCUUGUAGUCUACGUUGGUCAAAACCAGAGUAGGUUUGUCAUCAAUGUGAAAUUACUAAAAAACCCGUCAUUCAACGAGUUGUUGGAUCAAGCUCGAGAAGAAUACGACUUCACUGCUGAUUCUAAACUCUACAUCCCUUGUGAUGAGGAAGUCUUCCUCAAAGUUGCUUCAUUGCCACAUGAUCAAAAAACCACUUUCUGUUUUUGA